UCGGCGAUGCCUAAACCCCCGUCAUCUCAAGAACCUGUUAUGCUGCCCGCCCCUGGGAUGGAAACACUCCCAACGUGCACCUGGCCCAUACUAGCGGAACGCGCUCGAUCGUUUGCACAAAACAAAACAUCGAGUUGCUUGGUUCCCGGUCCCCCUCGGCCGCGUUCUCCUUGGGCCUCUGCGUCGGGGCAUUUUAGCGCUUCACGGGACGGGACCGCAGUUGUUGGUGCAGUACCCGGGCCAUACGUUCUAUCGGCGACUCGGACGACGGUAAGAGGCUAUGCUACGAGCCGUACCUGCUCUCUAUAACCUGCGGAGCUGUUGUCUGGAUUUUGCGAGAAGAGGGAUAUUUCUGGCUUCAGUGCUAGCCCGUUAGCAUACAACGCCGACGGCGCACGUCGACUCAACACGGAUGAACAACCUCCCUCUUCCACUAAGCUUCUCUUCUCCUCGGAUGUAGUUAGAGUUGCGGGCAAAGAUAUUUUGUUGUCAUACUAGGAACUUCCGUCUACGGUCCUGAGUAGUUGAAGUCUAUGGUGGCGACGUGGUGGGAAACGAAAAGACAGAUUGCGUCGUCGGAUUGGUGAGCGGACCUCGACACGGAUAUCCAGCCCAUUCGCCAAAAGUGAUGUAUUUCUUCC